ACAGUCUCACCGCUGCGCUGAGUGAGACUUAGUCAACAAUAAACACAGYCACAGUGGAACAAAUAAACCGGGCGACUGUCGAGUACUGGCGGGAAGGGAAGGGCUGAAGAUCGAAGAACAAUCCGAAUUGCGACUCAAUCUCGCCGCAGUAUUUUCUUCUCUUCCUCUUGCCUUUUUAGCCUUCUUCCUAAUUCGAUCUCCUCCAGUCCCCAGAAGCCAUCUGAAUUUCCGCCGUGCAGCUUCGCCACAGCCUAUCAUGGUGAAAACUGUGGUGGGAGAAGAAUCCCGACUCAAACUUGUCGAGGAUCGCCUCGCUCAGUCCGCAGUCCCAUCGGAGAUCGGCCUCGUGAUCGGAAGACUUAGCUCUCCGUUGGAUAGAGGAUUCGUGUUCGAUUUGGUCCCUACUCCUCCCAACGACGCCGGAGAGGCAGCUUGUUCCCUCGUCGACGCCAUUAAAGACGACAAGAAGAAGGGAUCCAAAGGCAAAUCUCCGGCUGUCGAUUCAUCGUCUUUGGUUAUAGAUAAGGAUUGGGUUGCUGAACAUGCUCGCCAGGUUCGGAGAAUGCUACCGGGUGGUGUGAAGGUGGUUGGCAUUUAUUUAUGGGCUAGUGAAACGGCGGUUAAGAAUUCAACCUUAUUGCUUUGCCAGACUGCAAAGGCUGUUGCAGAAGCAGCACCACUUUCGGUCAUCGACUCGGAGGAAAGACUCCUCAUCCAUAUCUGUUAUAGUCCAAGGAGGUGGACAUGUCGAAAUUUCUUUUUGACUUCAAAUCUCACAUCAAACAGCCUGCGUCCUUGUGAUUUUAAAAUGGGAAGGGUCUUAACAUCACUUCAGACAUUUAAGUGUAUAUUCAACUUCGAUAUGAGAUUACCUGUUUGGAGGGCAUCAAAUGUCCAAAGACUAAUUCAUGAAAUUCGUAACGGAAUUUCCAUUCAAGCUGACGUAAUAAAAGGUGCGAAGGCUGUGGUUGAUGGAAAUCUGGUUGUUAGUGAUGACCCUUCUAUGUCAGGGGACUUGCAUGAAAUUGAAUUACUCCUACCAUUUCUGAAAAAUACGUCUCUUGAAGCUUCCAGCCAAAAAGAUGUGGAUGGUAUCCUUGUCUUUAGAGGCUCUGUUUGUUCUUUUGCUUACUUGAAUUCAAAAGAACCCAUUUCCCAAGCUGUAACGGAAAUAAAGGGAGAUAUCAUCACAAGUUUACAGAGUAGAUUAGGCAUAAUUUGCGAUGAGGUAGAUGCAGAUAAAGAGUUGCCUGAUGAUGUUCAUGGGGAUGCAAAUGAAGUGGCAUCAGAACAACACAUUUCUCAGCUCUUCCUUCACUCAUUGAGGAAAAAGUGCAACCUAUCAUUUCCUCGAAGAGUAUUUGUUCCCUGGUUGGCUGGCAUGUACAUCUGUGACUACUUGCAACCAUCUGAGACGACCGAGGUUUUGAAAGAACAUUGUACUGAAUUAAUGUCCAUGGAAGCUCCAAUGGAUAUGUCGACAGUUCUUGAACCAGAAAUAGAGGCUCUUUCCCUCUCUGCAGAAUCAUUUUGGGAUGUGGCCAUACCCUUCCAAUCGGCUGAGGCUUCUACAGAGAAGAACAUAAAUCAUAACACGAGAAGUGGCAGUAACGUAAUUUCGGGCAGCAAGUCRAGUGUUGUUAAUAUUACGGUGGCUGUUCUCGUCCUUGUCCUCGCAGUUAUCAUUGGCUUUUUGUUGGUUUCUAUGAUGGGAUCAUGAUUCAUCAACUUAAGACUCAACUUUGAUAUACAAAUUUUGUUAGCCAAUGCCAWUAGAGAGGAUUAUAGUUUUUUCAUCGAUUAUGAGAAUGGAUUUUCAGWUAGUUAUAGAUGAAUUCUUCUUUUCUACUUAAUGCCC